CACUUGUCUAUUAGCUAAAAAAAAGGUCUAGCAACCGACGACAAGUGUUGGCAAAUUAGCGCCGAGAAAUUUGUGUUACCCCUUUGUUUUAGCACUAAUUCCUUUGGAUUUUCAGUGAUUCCUGUGAAGCUAGAUCAGAUCCUGUGGGAGAUUGACAUAAUGGGCCUCAGAUCCUAAGCCUACAAUUCCUGUAUUAUUAUGGCAUCUGGAAACUCUUCUUUGGAGAGCAAUGGCAGUAAUGCACAAUUUUCAGAGUCAAUGUCCCACACAUACGUGAGCAACGAGCGCCACAAUGCCUCACAGCUGCCCACCAUACCGAUCCCCAUCGACUAUGACAGUAAUAACUACGACAAGAAUUAUGUGAAGCAUGGACACCACGCCCCGUAUGAAUACGAUGCGCUUAGCAAGCAGACCAAUGAGAGCUUGAAACAGCAGUGUGAGAAGGCGCUACAUGAAUUGAAUCAGCUGAGGCGACAGCAUACAGAGACUUCGAGGCGCUGCGAGCAUGUUAUGAAGGAAUUGGAAUACUUCCGCGGACAGCAUAGGGCAGCCAUGAACCAGCUAGAAGUAUCCGCGCAGGAGGCCUCCAGUCUCCGGGGGAAGUAUGGGGACCUGUUGAAUGACAAUCAGAGAUUGGAGCGUGAAGUCCAACAUCUGCAGCAAAGUGGGACUGCUGAGGGCAGCUCCGAUGCCCUAGUACACACCCUAAGAAAGUAUGAAGCACUUAAGGAGGAGUUUGAGUGCUACCAAAAGAGAUACGACGAUCUACUGGAGAACCACAACCUGACUUUAGAAAAGCUUCGCCUCGUCCAAGAAGAGAACAGUCGACUGAAAACGCAAUGUCACGAACUUACGCAAGAGAGGAACUCCGUGAUUCGCGAGCGGAACACCUUGAAGCAACAAGUAGCGAACGUGGUCCGCCAAUGGGAGGGCGGCGCGAGAGAGCGUGCCGAUAUGAAGAGGCUGACAGACGAGCGGAACGCUGCUAUGGCGGAGUACACACUCAUUAUGAGCGAGAGAGACACAGUCCACAAAGAAAUGGAGAAACUGACUGACGACCUUCAAGCGGCAAUGAAGAGGGUGGCAGCAUUAGAAGCUGCACUACAGCUCUCGAGAGAAGAGCAGCGCGCACAAGCUCUACAGGCGGAGAGCCUUCGUCGCGAGAUCGAGUCUGCCCUCGUGGACCGAGACCGCGCCAUCAAGGAGUGCACAGACCUGAAGACUCCACAGAACACUUCCACACUAGGAAAGUCCCGACAAGACAACUCAGCGUAUCACCACUUGGGGCUCGCAAGCGGUGUGGGUACCGACGGGUUCCUUAACGGGCAACAUUCCAAUGAUCCCUCCUUGGACAAGUUACAAGGUCUAGUGGGCAUGUCCGGCGAUGGCGCCGACAAAGAACGCGUGGACAACCUUGAACAAGCCAACCAGGAGCUGCAGCGGCUAAGGAAGCAGCUCGAUCGAGCUGUAGCAGAUCUCAACGACGCACAACGCGAGGCCGAGGUAUCGAAACGGCGUCGCGACUGGGCGUUCUCCGAACGAGACAAACUGCUGCAAGAGCGAGAGAGCGUCAAAGCACUCUGCAACCGAUUACGAAAGGAGAGAGAUGCUAUGGUGGGCGAGCUGGCGGACGCGCGGCGCCACGGCGGUGCCAACGCCGAGCGCGCGCGCCGCGACCAUCGCGAGACGGCCGUCGACCAUGUGCAGGAUAUAGAUUGGGAAGUAAUUGACGUGGAACUGAGCGGGCCCAACGCCGACGGUGAACUCGGUGUAGAAUUGGCUGGGGGAAGAGACGAACCGUAUUUCCCCAACGACCCCAGCGUUUAUGUCACUGCCGUUGCUAAGGGAUCUGUGGCUGAAGGGAAAAUCAAAGUGUUAGAUCGCGUUAUAGGAGGAGGUUCCGCCGGCUGGGCCCGCGCCGGCGCAUGCGCGGCGGCCUUGAGAGCUGCCACCAUGCGCGGCGUCGCACAGCUCCGCUUGCAGCGAGCCACCGCGAGACGACUACACCGCCCUCUACGAUUGGCUGACACCAGCGCGUUACACCUACAACAUGGUAUUUUCAUCAGUAAGAUAUCUCCGGGCAGCGCCAUCGCAAAAGACGACAACAUCUUCGUAGGGGAUCGCAUAGUCAGUAUUAACAACAGAUCGCUCGAAGGCAUGAAGAGCGUAUCAGAAGUGUGGGCACUCCUGAAUGAGUGUCAAUACGAAACUGUGACACUUACGCUGUUGCGGCCGCUCUAUCCCUGCUGCUUAGACGCAAAUAGGUUAUCACUGUUUGACUCCAGUGAAGGCAAGAUGCUAAGCCUUUGCUCGCAGACUGAAGACUGGUCCCCAUUUCUGCACCCACCUUCCGAUUCUAAGGUCCACAUAGAGCACGGCGUCCCGGAUUUUGACCGUCGGUACGUGUACCAUGUGGCGGCUGGAAGCCAGGGCAAAAUACACCAGGAGAGAGGUACGUGGGACAUGAUCCGAGGGAAGAUCGAGGCGGUCACCGGACGUAGCAAGUCGAAGGACAAACAAAACAAGGUACCAGAGUCAGACGCGAUAGCAGAGCUAGAUUCUGUCAUCGACAGCUAUCAUGGAAAAACAAUCAAAGAAACCAGCAGUGUCCUGAAACGGUCGCGUAGAAAAAACAAAGAGUCGCAGAAUGAUUCCAAAAAUGGCGGCACCUGGCCCAAAGCUCGAGCUAACUUCGGCCUAGAAGAGAACCCAACAGGCACCAUCGUCCAACCCCGGUCGAGGAAAGAACGACCGCCACUGUCCAUGCUCCUCAGUCCACCCACAAAACUACAACCUGAACCACAGAGGUCCAACACCAAUCGGAACUCGAACCCCAUACCUCUAGGCCACGCGCCCUUAACGCAAGUCACCACCCCCGCGCGGCACUCCGUCUACAAAUCAAUAGAAUCAUCCCCAGCUAUCGCCCAUUUUCCUAAACCAGCUCCGUUGUCCAUACACAACCCUCAUCCCCAAUUCGCCUCCCCAAGCAUGAACUUCGAGAAAAUUCGGACAUUAGAGAAAGACAAAAUGUCCAUGAGCGACUAUUCCGAACAUGACAUCACACCCAACAGACUCAGCUUAGCUUUGAACCCGUCCGACGACUCUUUAGACUACCAGCCAGUGACUAGAAACAGAACUAAAAGCCCACACUCCUUAGACUUCAACGUCAAUAAAGGACCCAGCUCCUUAGAUUUUAUCUCUAGAAAAACUCCGACAUCGCUCGAGCACCAGAUGAAGAAUCACCCUAUUCUAGAACAGUAUUAUGCACCUAAAAAGUCUUCGUCUCCAAAAACGGUGAACAAAUAUCCAUCUGACAGUGACAGCUUCGGUCCUGACAGUUUGAAUAGCAACACCAAUUUCGCUAUGACGGGGACUCUUCCGUCCCAAUCGCGGUUACAAUCUCAGUAUUACAGAGGACCUUUCGUCAAUUCGAAUCCUCACACAUCAAGUCGAUACCCCCAUUUAGCAAGCCCGACGAACAUCCCCCAAAGUCAGUCAGGGGAAAGCAUCGGAACCAGCUACGAAAUGCACUCAUUCCCCUCACAUACCCACAAUAUGUCUGAUCUCCAACCCGUACCACGGGCAAAUAGAGUACUUGGCGACUACCCUCACGUUUACGAAGGGGGAACAUUUCCGAGGAAAAAGGAGAAUCAGAGAUUCAGAAUCCCUUCAAAUCCAAGUGUCACUUCUAAGAAUUCCGCCGGAAAGCUAAGCACAGGAUCUAUUGAGAGGAGUUCAGAAAGAAAUUCACCAAUGCCGACGUAUCAUGUAGAAAUCUUAAGUCCAGGAAGAGGCGCGAAGCAAAUAGCGCAUAAAGCGACUAGGAAUUCAAUGCCUGAAUACACUGGCUUAGGCUGGAAUAAGCCAUUACCGGGAGAGCUUAGGAGAGUGCAUAUAGAUAAAAGUCAACAGCCUUUAGGGAUUCAAAUCUACUGUCCGCCAAGCAGCGGAGGAGUCUUUGUAUCUACUGUCAACGAGAACUCACUUGCCAGUCAAGUAGGUCUACAAGUCGGUGAUCAGUUGCUAGAAGUGUGCGGUAUUAACAUGAGAUCCGCCACCUACAGUCUCGCCGCGAGCGUAUUAAGGCAGAUCGGCAAUUCGAUAACCAUGCUGGUGCAAUACAGUCCUGAGAAAUACAAAGACGAGGUUGAAGUCUCCGGGAGUUCAUCGUCAGGAGAAAGUUCUCAUGACGAAGAAGUUUCUCUAUCAGGGUCGCCGACUCCGAGGAAUUCUCCAGGGCCGCAGCAGUCUUUGAGGAUGGAAGCACCAUCGACUGAAGUAGCGACAUUAAGGCAGUCGCAAACGAGUAAAGACUUACCGAGGUUUCUUAUAAUCGAGAUGAGGAAUUGUUCGGAUCUUGGGAUAAGUUUGGUGGGGGGUAACGCGGUGGGGAUCUUUGUGCAUAGUGUGCAGAUCGACUCGCCAGCGUAUAAUGCGGGGUUGAGGACAGGGGACCAGAUUUUGGAAUACAAUAAUGUGGAUUUGAGAAGAGCGACGGCUGAGCAGGCCGCGUUGGAGUUAGCUAAGCCGGCGGAGAAGGUGUCCGUCUUAGUCCGCCUAGAUCUACAACAGUACCACGACAUCAAGGACAAACCUGGCGACGCUUUCUACAUUCGAGCCGGCUUCGACCGUUGCGCCAAGAUCACAUCCACAGGUUCGUCAGGGCAAGACACGCCGAGCAAAGAUGCGGUCGACUUCGAAUGUGUCGACACGAUAGACGAGUACUCCCUAUGGUUCCGCAAAGACGAGGUGUUAUUUGUAGACAACACUUUAUUCAACGGCGCUCCGGGACUAUGGCGCGCGUGGCAGUUAGACUGCAAGGGACAGAAGCGGCACUGGGGUACCAUACCCAGCAAAUUCAAGGUUGAAGAGUUACUUCGACGGUCUAUGGGCUCUCUCGACGGCGAAGCGCAAAGGAGGGCCUCGAGCACCGCGCGGCGAUCCUUCUUCCGCCGCAAGAAACAUCGAGACAGCAAGGAGCUGGCUUCGUUUUCCAACACGGAGUUAGGUUGCUGGAGCGACUCCGGCGCUCUCGUCUCACACGACACCCUCCUCACCUACCAGCGAGUCGAGCGGUUGCACUACGGCAGCCAUCGGCCCGUUGUCGUCCUCGGUCCACUCCGCGACUGCGUGGCCGCCAAACUGAUCUCCGACUGGCCGGGCGUCUUCGCUCGCGUCCGACCAGAGCCUAUCGCCGUACAAGGCGCCGCCUUAGAACGCGCCUUGGCGAGGGGCACGCAUUUAGAGCCGAGGCCGAGACGGGACUCGACGCAUUUCGACUGCAUACCAUUACAAGCUAUCAAGGAGUUAGCUGAGAAGGGCAUGCACUGCAUCCUCGACAUAAGCGUGGCGACCAUCGAGAAACUCCACAAACAGCAGAUGUACCCCAUCGUCCUCCUCAUCAAGUUCAAGUCGUGCAAGCAAAUCAAAGAGGUCAAGGACACGAGGUACUCCGCGGAUAAGGUGUCCGCUAAGGCGGCGAAGGAGAUGUAUGAACAUGGACUGAAGAUUGAGAAUGAAUAUAGAAGUUAUAUCUCAGCCGAAAUCCCCGCAGGCGUCAACAUCGCGUACAUGUGCACACAAAUCAAAGAAGCCGUCGAAGAGGAACAGAACAAGACGCUCUGGGUGCCCUCCGUGCAGGCCUGACCCCUGCCCCCCGCGCCGCGCCCCACC